AUGUGUAUCCUCAUCAUUCGAUCUUGGCUACCCUGUGGCCAUAUGCGCGCUACAAGCACCGACAAAUGCCAUACCUGUCUCGCCACUCCUGGCAUGCUGGAGUACGACUGCCCAAGCGCUACGACAUACUAUCCAGACAUUGAACCUGACUGGCCAUGUCCGGUCUGUCACGCGCGACGUGCAGCAGAGUUUGGCAACCUUCUGCAGCCCAAUGAGUCAACGAGGGAGACUCUAUGGGACUUUGAACAAGCUGCGAAUACCAACACGAGCUUGUCUGCGUCAGGCGCCUCAUUCGCACCAGCCGCAGCGGACCAACACUUGCCAUUGUCGGCAUGGUCGGGUCCUGAACCUAUCAUGCCUCAGCUACAACACGAGGUCCGCUCAAAUGCUCCGUCACCAUCACCUCAUGGGUCUAUUGGGGCAGCCUCAUCCAUCGGAGUGAUCGACGAUGCUAGCCUCAUCUCCAUGACUUCUAACGGCACAGCUUCAUCUGCCCACGAUACAACAGCCACCGCUAAUGCUUCCAACGACAGCCUCAACGCGUUACUCCUCAACAGCAUCAACACCACAUCCUCAUUAGGCAGCAUCUUUCUGCCAAGCAACUUUUCUCCCGCCAUCGCCGCCAAUGCCGCCACCAGAGGCCUGACCCCUUCCUUUCCCACGUCAAGUCCCACUGUACCACGGCCUCCCACGGCCUCCCAGUCCCACAACGCGCCCUCCGACAUCUUCACUAUCGGCGAGGCUUCAAACGAUACAGGCGACCAGAGUACGUCUCGCGCGCCGACUGUGCUGUCAGAGACGGGCUGGACCGGAGUGCCGAGGGAGCUGAUGGAGUGGGCCGAGCAGAACGAGGAUACGGUCGGGGAGAAUGAGAGGUUGAGUCUGGAGCACGUUCUGGGUGCAGUCAAUGCGGCGAGAGCGGCGAGAGCAGUUGAUGCUGAUGCAGAGAGAGGUCGCAGUAGGGGGAGGAGCAGCCCUUCGACAUGGCGACGGACGGAUGAGACUGGUGAGGAUGAGGUUAGUGCAAAGAAGGUGUUGGAGGGUUGGGGAAGGGAGUAG